GCAUUCUCUCCCCAUCAUAACAAGUCUCAUUAACUAACCAGUGUCCAUACAAGAUGUCGCUAAUACAUCAUAUGAUAGCGAUAAUUGCCCUCACAACCGCAGUCACUAAUGGAGUUAAGCUGUGUGUGACGCCUAAGAUCCAGCCUGCCUGUGAGACCUACUCUGAAGACCAAGCCUCUGCCUCCAUCAACCUGGUCUGUGUUCAAGGAAGAGACAGAUACGACUGUUUACACAAGAUCAUGAAGAAGGAAGCUGACCUGCUACCAACACAACCUGAAGACGUUUCACCGCCAGGAGCUGUACGACGAGAUACAGAGCCGUGGCGUUACCAGGGGGUGGCAGUGGUGAGGAAGACCAAGAUUAAGAGUGUGGCUAGUCUGAGAGGCUCCAAGUCUUGUCACACGGGAUAUGCCAGAAAUGCCGGCUGGAAUAUACCCUUCUCGCACCUGCUGGAGAAAGGCGAAAUUAAAAUGGACUGCAACCAGACAAGGACGGUAGUUGAACACGAUCUGAGGGCCAUAUCUAAUUACUUUGGCCAGGCUUGUAUCCUUGAGAUUGGGUCCCUGAUAACGCGACGAAUAUCCAGCUCAGUAAGUCAAUUUCAGGAGGAAAAGUACCGCAGCCUAUGUACUAUAUGUCGUAACCCUGGCCGCUGUGGUAGGGAUGAUGACCACGCUGGGUACAAAGGCGCGCUGAGGUGUCUGGUCGACUCAUCCGGAGAUGUAGCUUGGACAAAACUCUCUGCUGUUAGAGAAUUUUCAAGGAGAGAACUGAUAAACAAGAAGGAAGUGGCCGUUCUAUCAAAAGUAAUGGAGUUAGCGGUUUUGACCUCACAAUCUGGCGAUGUUACCCUCAGACCGUGGGCCAAUGGUCUGCUCCGUCUCAACACGCCAUCAGUCCUUCACGUGCGCCAACCACAUGUGACGCCCGUGAUUUUCUUAAGAACGGAGUUCGGGCUGUUUCCUGUACUGUCAGAAGUGUAUGGACAAUUGGAUGCCUCGUAUUUUGCUGUGGCAGUGGUCAAGGCUGACUCCAGCAUCACCUUCAGUCAACUCAAAGGCAAGUCCUGUCAUACUGGGAUUGAAAAACAGCAGGUGAAUCUCUUAGUAUGUACAGGGUGGAAGAUUCCUGUGGUAACCUUACUGGAGGCUGGUCUUCUGAAGGCAGGCAAUUGUGACUACGCCGGGGAGAUUGGCACCUUCUUCAGUAGUUCUUGUGCCCCAGAUCACAUGAAACAGUUCAAUGCUUCUCCUUUACAAAAUGCCAGUUUACUAGACAGUUUGACAAUUCUCUGUUACAAACUGUUGACUGGAAGUGAACACAAACUAGACGAAAUAAUGUAUCAGUCAACUGCUUCAGGUUCACGAGAGAAUUCAGCUGAAGCCUUCUACGGAUACACAGGUGCCUUCAGGUGCCUGGUGGAAGGAGGUGGUGAUGUGGCCUUCGUCAAACACACAACUGUAGGCGAAAACACAAAUGACAACAAUCAGGCGCAGUGGGCGAAGAAUCUACGAGCAUUGGACUUCAAGUUGCUGUGUAAGAAAACUGGGACAGCUGAUGUGGUCGACUACAACGCCUGCCACCUAGCACGUGUCCCGGCCCACAAGGUAUUGGCCGGUCCCCACUCUAAUGGUACCAUGCUUGAAGAGAUUCGGAUCCUAUUCUUAGGGCGUCAGAACAGCUACCAAGGGACAGGAUAUUUUCACCUUCGGCCCAUUCCAGGGUAGAAAGGAUCUUAUUUUCAAGGAUUCUGCCACCGAGUUGGUAAAUGUACGAGAGGACGAAUUCCACAAGACACUGGGGAGCUCCUACUACCGUGCUCCUUACUGAGCUCAGUGCCUGUAUUCUAAAGAGUCACAACAACACUAUACAAUGAAGGAGAGCGCCUCUACUCUUCAUGACCCAUCUGUUUCUACCUGCUCUUGUGUACAACUCUUAUCUGGCUUCUGUCGUGCUAAUUAUAUCGCUGUUGUUGUUGUUGUUGUAGUUUAAGAUAAUGUUGCGGGGGGUGAUUAAAGCCCUAGAUAUUAAGGCCACACCAUAAAUCAAUAAUCAAAACAUUGAACAAGAAAGCCUCAUCUCUUGGCAUUUACCCAUAAAAUGUUAAUAGUAAACAAACGCCUAUGGAAAACUUUAUCCUCUUUGCCACAUUGGUGUUUGUGUCUUGUCUACAUUAUCUAAUCCUUGCUGCUGGUAAAGUAGUAUAUUUGGGACCAAUUGUUUACUGUAUGUGUGUUAUAAUUCAUUACCAUCCCCAGCAAUAUUGUUUGUGUUUGUCAUUCUUAGUUAGUGAGUGCUUCGUAAUCUAUAUGCACAGUCCCUUCAAUAGUGUGUUUACAGGGGGUCAAUAUAUAAACAUUUCACAAAUCAUUACACUGAGAUAUUUGUUUU